AGCAUCAUGGUCCGGUGGCAGCCGCCUCCUCCUGGUACCCUGAACGGAGAGCUGACGGGGUAUAAGUUACGCUACAGGAAAGGACUCAGGAGAGCAGACGCAGUAGAGAUCUCAACCACACAGCUCUAUCAGCUCAUCGACGGUCUGGAGAAGGGAAAGGUUUACACCGUGAGAGUUUUGGCCUCCACCGUGAACGGGACGGGACCCACGACCGAGUGGAUCGCAGCCGAAACCUUCGAGAAUGACCUGGACGAGUCUCAGGUUCCAGGAGUGCCCAGUUCUCUUCAUGUUCGUCCGCUGGUGAACCGAAUCGUGGUGAGCUGGACUCCUCCAGAGAACCAGGAGAUUUUAGUGCGCGGUUAUAAGAUCGGAUACGGGAUCGGCAGUCCUCACGCGCACACGGUCACUCUGGAUUACAAGCAGCGCUUCUACAGCAUCGAUGACCUCGAUCCCAGUUCCCAUUACGUCAUCACCCUCAAGGCGUUCAACAACAUGGGCGAAGGCGUUCCCAUCUACAACAGCGCCACCACCAGACCUCAGUCCGACCCCAUAGACCCUGAUAUUAAUUUUUAUGAACUCUUUAAUAACCCAUACACCCCAGCACCCGACCCCACACCCAUGUUGCCCCCGGUGGGCGUUCAGGCCACUGUCCUCAGCCAGGACACCGUCAAAGUCAGCUGGGCCGACAACUCGCUCGCCAAGAACCAGAAGAUCACCGACUCCAGAUAUUACACCAUCCGCUGGAAGACCAACAUCCCCGCCAACACCAAAUACAAGAUGGCGAACACCACGUCUCUGUUUCAUACGGUAACGGCUCUGAAGCCCAACACGCUUUAUGAGUUCUCUGUUAUGGUGACCAAGAGCCGCAGGAGCAGUACAUGGAGCAUGACAGCCCACGGGACCACCUUUGAGUCCGUACCCAGCUCUGCUCCGAAAGAUGUGACUGUGAUCAGUAAAGAGGGAAACCCUCGAAUCAUCAACAUCAACUGGCAGCCUCCGACUGAAGCCAACGGCAAGAUCACAGGGUACAUCAUCUACUACAGCACCGAUGUGAACGCCGAGGUCCAUGAUUGGGUGGUGGAGCCCGUGGUGGGGAACAGACUGACCCAUCAGAUUCAGGGGCUGACGCUGGACACCACAUACUACUUCAAGAUCCAGGCCAGAAACUCCAAAGGCAUGGGACCCAUGUCAGACGGGGUGCAGUUCCGCACCCCUAAAGCUGAACCAUCAGACAAAAUGUCAAGUGAUCAAGGUCUGCUGGUCAAACCCGGUCACCCGACUCUACCGGAGCACGGGAUUGGAUCAAACAUGGAUAAACCAGGCAUCACGGGCAGCCAGGAGAAUCAUCUUCUGGUGAUCGUGGUGAUCGUGUGUGUCGGUGUGUUCACCAUCAUCGCUGUGGUCGUGGGGGCCGUCCUGUGCACACGCCGCUCCAACUCCCACCAGAAGAAGAAACGUGCGGCCUGUAAGUCCAGCUCCGGCUCCCACAAGUACAAGAGCUCAUCUAAAGACCUGAAACCUCCUGAUCUGUGGAUCCAUCACGAGCGUCUGGAGCUCAAACCCAUGGACAAAUCACCCGAUCCCAACCCGGUCAUGACCGAGACGCCCAUCCCGCGGACCGCCCAGGACCCGGCCGCUGAGCCCAGCCAUCAGAGACGGGGUCAUGAGGGGGAGGACAGCGUCUCCGCUUCGGCCGCUCGGAGGGGACUGAGACCGAAAGUGAUGAUGCCGUUUGACUCUCAGCCUUCCCAGCCUGUGAUUAGCGCUCACCCCAUCCAUUCCCUCGAUCAUCUUCAUCACCAUCAUCAUCACUAUCACCUCCCGCCGCGUGGCUACCUUCAUCACCAGAUCGGCCUGAGAGCGCCUGCCACCCCCAGCACGCUCUCAGACAGGCCUCCGUCUGCAGAGUCAGUGAGGAAUCAGCCCCCUGCACCUGAACCUCCGGUGGCCCCCAGUCAGCCCAGCACCACAGCUGAACUGGAGAAGACCGAGGCGCUGAUUACAGAGGAAGAGCCACCGAGCAUUAACCCCCCGACGGCCCACGUGCGGCCCACACACCCGCUCAAGAGCUUCGCUGUGCCAGCCGUCACUGUUUCCGCUCAUAACCCUGCCACCUAUGAGAGCGCAUUACCCAGCACCCCUCUGCUGGCACAGCCAGUGAAGAUGGCGUCUAUCGGGACACUAAGUCGAGUUCGAGCUCCGAUGGCGGUAACCGUCCCGAGUGCACCUGACCAAUCAGAAACCAGCAAGAUGCUGGACGUGGUUGCACUGUAGCCUCUUGCUUUAUACUCUCCCUCCCUCUUCCUCCUCUCACUUUUCCUCUUUCUGCUUGUUUUGUUGACUCUUUCUUUUCUCGAUCCUAACUCUAACACGGCUCCUCUGGCAUGGCUCUCUCUCUCUCUCUCUCUCAGACGUAUGAGACGGAUGAACUCUCGGAGGAGAUGGCCCAUCUGGAGGGUCUGAUGAAGGACCUGAACGCCAUCACCACAGGCUGAAGCGCUGCAGUCUCACACGGCUGAACUGCGUCCUCAGGAACAACCAGGACAUUUGAAUGAACACUGAUCUCAGAUCAGCCUUGAGAAUGACUGAAAACAGAUCAUGCUUCAUCUUUCCAUCUUGCAUGGCAGAGAAAUCUGUAAAACAUUGAAAACUCAAUGCCAUUUUCUCAACUCGGAUGAACCGUUCCACACAGAAAACGUGUUUUUAAUGUUUUUUGGAGAAUUGUAUUUACGUAUUCCAUAUUUUUUAGCCUGUAUGUAUUUUCAUUGUGUAUAUGAUCAUUUUAGGACUUUUAUUUCUUAGGGUGAAAUGUCACAUGCUCAAACAUUCAAGAAAUGCAAGCAGGAUAUUUGUUUUUUUUUUUGUGUAAAUUAUGCAUAAAACCAUCCUUAUGUAAAUUGUGGCAUUCAGAUCAAUGCAAAGAUGUACAUAAUGAACGAUUACACGUAAAUUUGUACAUGGAUCCAUUUUUACAUGAAUGUUGCAUUCAGAAAACUGUUUUCAUGUAAAUUGCAGAUGGGCAUUUUUUCAGUUUCAGUAACAUCAUCUUAGUUGUUGCAUUUUGAAUUUGAAUGCCAUUAAUUACAUAAGAGCAGUUAUUGAACGAUUCGCAAAUAAUUUACAGUUAUCUCUGUUUGCUCAUGACUGUUUCAUGGGCUUUUUUGCAGUGUCUUACAUCAUGUUUAAGUGUUUCAUCUCUGGAGAGAAACCUAAAUCUCUAGUCUUCAAACGCCGGUAGCAUUCAAAGUCUGAAUAUGCAUUGGAAAUUUCUACAAGGACAGACAUUUACGACCAUCUUAAUUCAAUCCCAGUCCAGUGACAUUGAUGUUUGGUGCUUCAGAAACUCCUCAAACGUAAGACUUGUGAGAACGGAGAGCGAAUGAACCAGUUCCUCUUCCUCAGGACCCUGAUGCCUGUUUUUGGGGCCCUGGAGAUUCAUCAUGAAGGAGUUUAAUGCCAAGUGACUCUCGGAUUUUUGUACUUUGAGAGGUCUAUAAAUAUAUAUACAAUGAACUGCAAAUGUUUGCUUACGUGAAUACUUUGUACACUCUUAAAAAAAAGGACAAUUUUUAUAUAUAUAUAUUCAUCUUUCAGUUGGUUUUUAUAUGAAGAUGACACAUUGCUUUGUAAACAUUUUCCAUGUAAGUUAUGAAUGGUUAAAUAUUCUGCGUUGUGUUUUCACCGUGCUGUUUAGCCAAUCCCUUCUCACAAAGAAUGAGCGAAAGAAAAUAUCAGCAACGAUCUCUGUCUUGCUCAUGUACAGUUUCUCACGUCAUGAAUGUCAAUGUGGCUGUAACAAGGUCUGCUUAUGAAUACAGUUGUUGUUUGUGUUUACAAUAACGGGGGAAGAUUUAAAAAAAUAAAAAAAAGGAAAAAAGAAGACACCAAACCAUGUUGUAUGGCAGGUGUACCGUCAAAUGUCAUUUGCACUUUUUAUAUUUUGGAUUUGAAACGAAUCGCUGAUGCCAUGUGAAAUAUGAACCUAUUUUAUGUAACAAUGAUGUCACAAGUAAACGGCUGGUUUUAAAGACA